CGCACGCCAGAGACCCCUGCCGUCGAGAACUUUUCUAGACCCCGGAAGCAAAGUAUUAGGUCGCCCCCUGUCGGCGGCCCAGGUAACCUCCGGCUGGCCUCCCUCCCUCCCUCGGAUCGCAUCCCGGAGAUGACCAGCCACCCCCGACGUCCCUCUGUCUCCUCAAAAUCCUCACUCUCCUAUGCCAUCUCUCCAUCCUUUCCCCCUACUGCCGAGUAUCUCGAAUCGAGUCGAUCGUCCAGAGGCACGUCUGCACAACCUCCAAUCGCUGCCCCUCGCCCCCAGCUGGGCCAUCACAAUCGCAUUGACAGUCCGGUCAACUUUGCCGCGCCCGAACUGCGAUCCAGCUACAGGUCCCAGCUUACAUCAUCUGUCUUGACCAAGGCCAGCUCCGUCCCGUCCAUCUACGGGAACGAGGCCGACGCACAAGCAGACGCACCGGCUGAAGCAGACGCAGACGCAGACGCCGACGCCGACGCCGACGCCGACGAACCGAGCUUGGAAGAUGUUAUGGGCAUGUACGAGAGAGGCUUCUGUGACGACGACGACGACUACGACUACAACAACAACAACAAUACCAACCAAAACGACUACUUUGACCCCCCUCACAGCACCCGCAAUUCCCAAGACGACUACCACCACUACCACCACCACCACCAACCCUCAUACGACCACCACCACUACCCCUACGACGAUCAGUACAACACUGGCUACGGCCCUUCUCCAUACGACUCGUAUCCCCACGAAGCACAGGUAGAAGCAGAACAGCCAGAGCACCAGCAGGAAUAUCCACAAGAGUGCGAAGAGGAGGACCAGGAGCUUGAGCGGAAGCUUGAACAGGACCGCCAACAGGAGGAGCCUGAACAGGACCUGAAGCAGGAGCACGGACAAGAGCACGGACACGGCGUCGAGCACGGACACGCGCCGCUGCCAACUCAUGUGGAGGAAGAGGAGGAGGCAACAGAAGAAGAUUCAGCCGAGACUGAGACCGACCACGUCCCUGACAACAUGAUUAGCGUCAUGCAGCGCCCCGUGACCUCGAGGUCCGAGCCGGGCCCUGAGCGUAUUCGCAGCGAGGACUUCAGUGCCGACCCCGUGCCUCCGGUGCCGGCGACCCAUUCCGCACUGGACAUGGAGAUUAGGCAGUCCAAGAUGCUCUUCUCCAGCGCCGCCUUUACGUCUACCGUGCCCGCCCUCACCCAUGACCAUGAUCUCGACCACGACCCUGAGCACGAUCUGGAGUUUCCGGAGAAGCGCGACUCGUCGAGGACGGUCGAGUCGAAUCCCUCGGUAGAUUCGGACGGCGUUCGCAUCGACGCCAGAGGCGCCGCCACGCCCAGCCCGAGUCCGUCGCACAUUUCGCCGCCCUCAAUGCCCGAGUCCCGAUCGGUAUCCCCUUCUCCAUCCGUGCGCCUCCCCGCCCCCGAGCCCGAGAAGCCGGGUUCGCGCGAUCGGUACGGCUUCAAGAAGGAGAACCAGUUCAUCACCCGGCAGCAGUACGAUGCCUGGGACAAGGUGUACUCUCAGUAUCUCGCCCGCCGCCGCAAGAAGUGGACUGCCUACCUCAAGGACAGCGCCCUGAUGACGGAUCGCCCCCAGCGGUUCCCGGCGCCUAACGCCAAGACGAAGCGGUUUGUACGAAAGGGCAUCCCGCCCGACUGGCGUGGUGCCGCGUGGUUCUACUACGCCGGCGGACCGGCCAUUCUGGCCAAGCACGGAGGUCUCUACGACAAGCUGCUGCUGAGACAAGCCAAGCACGUCGACAUUGAGGCCAUUGAGCGUGAUCUGCACCGAACGUUUCCCGACAACAUCCAGUUCAAGCCCUCCCAGGCCACCGCCGACAUGCUCGACUCCACGACAAGCAGCGAGCGGGCGAGCCAGUCCACGGUGCGGGGUGCAGCCCUCGACGGCAGCGGACCUGGUCCCGUUGGCUUGGAGGGCGAGCCGCCGCUGAUUGCCUCCCUGCGCCGCGUUUUGCUCGCGUUCGCCGUCUACAACCCCCGCAUCGGAUACUGCCAGAGCCUCAACUUUAUUGCCGGCCUCCUGCUGCUGUUCGUAGACACAGAGGAGCAGGCCUUCUGGCUGCUCAACGUGAUUACGCACAUUUACCUCCCUGGCACGCACGAGAUGAGCCUGGAGGGCUCCAAGGUGGACCUUGGCGUGUUGAUGACGGAGAUCCGCGACACGAUGCCUGCUGUAUGGGACAAGAUUGGAGGAGAGCUGGACAACAGCGACCCGCAGGCGAGACCCAUGACGAGCAAGUCGGUUCGGAACCCUCUGAACCCUCUGACGCCUCGGCUCAAGAAAAAGGACACUCACCUUGCGCUGUCGUCUGAACGGCUGCCUCCCAUCACCCUGUGCAUGACGGCGUGGUUCAUGAGCUGCUACAUCGGCACCCUCCCCAUCGAGACGACGCUGCGCGUGUGGGACGUCUUCUUCUACGAGGGCUCCAAGACGCUGUUCCGAGUUGCCCUGGCUAUUUUCAAGCUGGGCGAGGCCGAAAUCAAGGCGAUUGCGGACCCGAUGGAGAUGUUUGGCGUGGUGCAAUCGAUGCCUCGGAAGAUGCUCGACGCGAACAAGGUCCUGGAGACGUGCUUCAAGCGGCGCAACGGCUUCAACCAUCUGAGUCAGGAGGUGAUUGAAGAGCGCCGGCAGGAGAGACGCGAUAAGGCGCAGCAGGAUCUCCUCCUGCGAUCGCGCAGUAAAGCUGCGACCACCGGGGCGACUGGCAAGGAGGCUGACGGGGAGCGAAAGGGCGGCGGCCUGUUUGGUGGGCUGAAGAAAUAGCCACAUAAUACCUACAAGGGGGAGGUUGGCUUGUUUGCAUUGAUACCACUUGUGUCUGUUCUAAUCUUCUUUCUCACCUUUUCAUCUUCACUUCUCUCUAUUCCCAUACACUAUAAUUCUUCUCUUCUUUUUUCCAUUCGAUUCAUAGCACGGCAGGCGUUUGAGGGAGAUGCCAGGUGUGGCCUUGGAGAAUGGCCACGAUGCAUCUGUAUGAAGCAUUAGCAUUUUCUUUUACCUCUUCUCUUCACCUCUUCUCUUCUUCUCCAACCCUCUCCGACUUUCACCUUCUCCUUUGUUCCCUACUUGACUCUUUUGCUCUUCUUCUUCUUCUUCAUACCUCUUUGAUCUUCAUACGGGGUGCGCGGAUCAUAUACAGGCGCUCCCCUUGUUUCAAAAUACCAUGACGACGGUUACGGCUGCAACCUGUGGCAGGUCCCUUGUUAGAGGAACUA